AUGGGCUACUAUUCAUUUUUGUUGAGACUGGAUUUUGGACAAUAUUUUGGUUUUGAGAAGAUUUUCAGAGAAGCGAUGGGUAAAGAGGGAAUUGAAUUGAACCAGAUGGUUUCAGAAUUUUCUAUGCCAUUAGCUAGCAAGAUGAGAUCACUGCUGCUUCCUUGCAACACUCACAGAGAGACCUUCAGUGCUGACAUCUAUUGCGAGGAGCUCUGGGCCAAGGGCCCCAUGAAGCAGUCAGAUGAAAUAAUCAAAAAUUUUGUGACCAACUUCACCGGCUCUGUGAAUGAUCAUGGAACUUGCCAAUGCUCUGUCUCCCUACCAUACACUCCCUUCCCUGUUCAGAAGAUGGAAAGCCUGGUAUUAACCACUCAUGAGCUCUCGGAGGAAUUUUAUAGAGAACUUACGAAAAUAAAAGAAUAUUCUGUACUCAUUGAGAGGUAUGAACAAAGGCUCCUAAACCUAACAAUCCGAGUGGAGACCAUGGAGAAGACCAGCAUUUCCUACAAUGAACUGGACUUUGAGUUACUCAAGCUGGAAGUCAAGGAGAUGCAGAGACUGGUCAACCAGCUGAAAACCACUUUUGUUGGCAGCAGAGUAAUUAUUGAUCAACUGGAAAUAGAGAUCAAGAAUAUGACUCUCCUGGUGCAGGAGCUGGAGUCUCUAGACAAAAACAAUAUCCUUACAAUUCGUCGGGAAAUUGCAGCUCUAAAGAACAGACUGAAGGAAUGUGAAGAAUCUAAUAAACAAAAUGACUUAGUUCAAAAUUUCCCACCAGGUAGCUGUAAUCAUAGUGGCGUGGUAAACAUCAGCAAACCUUCCAUAAUUCAGUUGAACUGGAGAGGGUUUUCCUACAAGUAUGGUGCCUGGGGCAAAGAUUACUCUCCACUUACUCCAGAGAAAACUCUCUAUUGGGUUGCCCCUUUGAACACGGAUGCGAGGUACUUGGAGUAUUACAGGCUUCACAACUCCAAGGAUGAUUUAUUGUUGUUUAAAAAUCCCCGAGAUAACCGAAUCACCUAUGGAGAAGGCAGUGGCACAGCAGUGUACAAGAAUUCCAUGUAUAUCCACAUGUACAGUUCAAGGGAUAUCGCCAAGGUCAACUUGACCACCAACACUGUGGUUGUUCGGAAGACGCUCCCAAAUGCUGCCUAUAACAACCGCUUUUCCUAUGCUGGUGUCAAUUGGGAAGAUAUAGACCUUGCAGUGGAUGAAAGUGGAUUGUGGGUGAUUUAUGCCACUGAAGCCAGUACUGGUAAUAUCGUGAUUAGUAAACUCAAUGACACCUCACUUGAGGUGUUGAACACCUGGCAGACUAAGCAGUACAAGCCAUCUGUUUCCAAUGCCUUCAUUGUAUGUGGGGUCCUGUAUGCUACUCGUGCAGUCAACACCAGACAAGAUGAAAUUUUUUACACCUAUGACACAAACACUGGGCAAGAGGGAAGAAUGAGUAUACUUAUGGAUAAAAUGUUAGAAAAACUGACCGGUAUCAACUACAACCCCCUAGACCACAAACUUUAUGUCUACAAUGAAGGUUAUCUGAUGACCUAUGACCUUAGCUUUCAGACUACCUUACAGUGACAGUCUUAGGGACAAACCCAUGAGAGAUGUGAAAUUUCUUUUGAUAAGAUGAAUGGACCUCUACCUCUGAAAUCUACUCACUUUUAUAAGAUACACAAGGUGGCCCUAGGGUUUAUUGAAUGGUAAUAUUUGGGUCAAUUUUGAUAUUGGCAAAACUUUGGUAGCUCAGAUUUAAUAUUUUUUUUCCACUGGUAAAAUGACUGACGAAAGAUUUCCAUCAAAUCAUUAAGCUUUAACCCUAAAUCCCACACAAAACUAGGUCAAGGAAUUUAGCUCCAGAGAGUGCCCAGUCCUGAUGCCAGAGUCCCAGUGUUGGUUAUAAAAUUAAGAUGGAAACCUCCUCUCCAUUUUCAUGAAAUAAUCUUUUAGUUCCCUCUUUUGGUGUUUGGUCUAGACUUCUCCAGGCAAGUGACAAUUUCUAUACCUUAAUUUCUCCACCUGAAAAAUGGGGAUGAAUUAGCCCCUGCUAAGUUUGGACUGAUACAAAGGGCAAACAGGAAUGUUUGGUGGGCCUCACUGAGUGUGCUGUAGGAUGAUUCUUUGUGGUCUAAGGCCCCUUUCUACAGGCCCAAGUUAUUAUAUUUUCCUUUCCUACUCUCUUCCUCAGGCAAUGCCUUGAUGCCUGGGACAAAUAGGUAGAUAAAUAGCAGCAGAUUUUAAGUUCUUAGAGUGUGAGAACAUUUAUAUUUUCAAACCUGGUUCUCCCCUGUAAAAUGGGAAUGACCAUGAUAGCCUACCUUCUAGACUUGCCAAUAUGGCAGCUCUUUAGACAAGCACCCACAUUUACAAGCUAAUGACUCUUUUGUUUAACCUGGCUUCCUUCCCUGGGUGUACAGAUAGUAAAAUAAGUUAAAUAAAAUUAAUUUCACUGGA